UAAUUAAAUAAAUCUCUCUCUCAAGUCUCUGUGUGAUCGCGGGGUGAGAGUGAUCAUAGCCAAAAAAAAAAAAAAAAAAAAAAAAAAAAAUGGAUGACGAAUUGCUGGAAUUGCAGAGACAGUUCGAGAGCGCACAGCAAGCGAAAUCGAGCAUCCGAUUAUCGGAGCGAAACGUCGUCGAAUUGGUCCAAAAACUUCACGAGCUCCACAUCAUCGAUUUCGAUCUUCUCCACACCGUCUCUGGCAAAGAAUACAUCACUCCUGAGCAACUGAGGCAUGAAAUGGUGGUGGAGAUCAAGAAAUUAGGGCGUGUUUCUCUGAUUGAUCUUGCGGACACUACGGGUGUUGAUUUGUAUUACGUUGAGAGUCAAGCUCAACAUGUUGUUUCUGAUGAUCCGGGGCUUAUGUUAUUUCAAGGAGAGAUAAUAUCACAAUCUUAUUGGGACUCUAUGGCUGAAGAAAUCAACGAUAGGCUUCAAGAAUGUAGCCAAAUUGCUUUGGCAGAGAUUGCCACACAGUUAAAUGUUGGUUCAGAAAUGGUCACCUCUGUGUUGGAGCCGCGCCUUGGGACUUUGGUGAAAGGUAGGCUUGAAGGUGGGCAGUUGUAUACGCCUGCAUAUGUUGCUCGUGUUAGCGCCAUGGUUCGUGGCUCUGCAAGGGGUAUUACAGUCCCAACUAAUUUGUCUGCGUUGUGGAGCUCACUGCAACAACAACUGCAUGAAAUGGAUGGAGCCAGUGGUGUGGCCAUUGACGGUUCAUUUUUCCAAUCCCUAUUUAAUGGGAUUGUGAAGGAAGGCGAGGUUUUGGGAUCACUACGUGCAGGAGUUCAUUGGACACCUAAUGUCUUUGCCAUUGCUCAAAAGGAGUGUGUAGAUUCUUUCUUUUCACAGAAUUCUUUUAUCAGCUAUGAAAAUCUGCAUAAACUUGGAAUUUCCCAGCCCGUUCAGUUCUUGCAGUCCAGAUAUCCUGAAGGUGUGCCUUUAGUCUCUGUGUUUGUUCACCCCUCAAUGAUUGAGAUGCUGGAUGCUGCUACUGAGGAUGCUCUUGAGGGUGGUAGUUGGAUUGAUUCUCUUUCUGUAUUACCUGCAUCAUUUGGACCCCAGGACGCUUUUAAAAUUAUGUCCCUCUGCCCAUCUGUUCAGCUGGCUCUCAAGUCUAAUAAAGCACUCGUUUUUGGGGAGUCUUAUGUAUUUAGCAAUGGCUUUGUCAAGGUUGUGUAUGAUCGAAUGGAGAAAGAGUUGGAACACGUUAGUGUUUCAGGGUCUUCUGGUAUUAUACUGUCUGAUGAUUCACAAUUUGUCAACGCAGCUAAAGUUGGACAUGAUUCAAACAGGUCAAUUGAGUCAUUUGACACUGGUAGUGAGACUGGUAAUAGUAAACAGGCUGUUGAGAAAGGACCAAAAAAGAGAAAGGGAAAAUCUGCUGGGAAUGCGGGUGCACCUGAAAGUGUUUCUGAUAACCAGGAGUAUGUCCCAACAAAAUCCAAGAAAAACCAGAGGAAAGGCAAGGAUACGUCUUCCUUACAAGUGUCAGACUCAAAAACAGGUGCUAAGAAAGAAUCAGUUAGAGCAAAAGAUGACAAUCUCAGCAUUCCUUCUGAAGAAUGGGUAAUGCAGAAGAUUCUGAUGCUAGUUCCUGAUUUUGAGGAACAAGGUGUAGAUGAUCCCGAAACAAUCCUUAGACCUUUAGCAAACCAUUUGAGACCUAUGCUAAUCAAUUCAUUGAAGGCCAGAAGGAAGGCAGUAUUUACAGAAAAUGCAGAUAGAAUAAAACGCUUGCUUGAUAAUUUACAAAGGAAACUUGAUGAGUCUUUCUUAAGCAUGCAGCUGUAUGAAAGGGCUUUAGAUUUGUUUGAAGAUGAUCAAUCAACUUCAGUUAUUUUGCACCGGCAUUUAUUAAGAACAGCUGCUGCUUCCAUUUUGGAUACACUCUUACAUAACUUGGACAUCCACAACAAAUUGAAGAAUGGAAUCGAAGUUGAGGAAGCCCAGAAUUCCGAAUCUGUUUCACUCAGUCCUGGAGAAAGAACUGCAAUUGCAAAGAGUUUUCCAGGAUCUCUGUCGAAUAAGGCUCUUGCGGUAGUUGAUGCUUUGGAAGGAAAGCGGGUAGAAACAUUCAUGGAUGCGUUUAGAGAGAUAGUGGAAGAGAGUGGGUUACUCUUGAAGAAGCUUGACAAGAAAUUGGAGAGAACACUUCUGCAUUCAUAUCGCAAGGAUUUGACGUCUCAAGUUUCUGCUGAAACUGAUCCAGUUUCGCUUCUGGCAAAAGUUGUCUCCUUACUGUAUAUACAGGUUCACCAUAAAGCUCUUCAAGCCCCAGGAAGGGCCAUUUCAGUUGCUGUUUCUCGAUUGAAGGAUAAACUAGAUGAUUCAGCAUACAAGAUCUUAACUGAUUACCAAACUGCAACAGUGACACUUUUAGCACUAAUAUCUGCUGCAACUGGUGGUGAAGAAGACUGUUCAUCUGAUAGAAUUUUGACCAAGAGGGAGCUUUUGGAAAAUCAAAUGCCAGCACUGAAAGGCCUGGUCUUGAGCGCCUCAUGAUCUUGAUUCUGGAUGAAGACAAAUAGGCCAAGUCAGUCGUUGAAAGAAGAAAUAGUGAACUGUUUGAUGCUCCACAAUUUCUCUUUUAAAUUUGAGGGGCAAUAGUAUUUUCAGCAAAACUAGAAAUGUUAAUUCAAUCAUGAUGUUUCAUUUUUGUUUUUA